AUGACCGUCACUACGCUCGGUCACGGACAUGAGGCCAGCGUCGCCCAGCCGGAGCUGGGCAGUGGCGUCACCUAUAAAACCUGGGCUUAUGAAGAUGAAAAUACUUCAUCAAAACAUUUUCAAACAAAACACAAAACAUCUUCAACACACAUUUUCUCCUUUGUUAUUUCACAGAACUACAAGAGCACAGAGAAAAGAGCCCAGUGCACACUGCAGGAUCCAGAGAGGGUUUCAGGAGCUCUGAUCAAUGUGGCAAAGCACCUGGGCAACCUGAAGUUCAGAGUCUGGGAGAAGAUGCAGGAGAUUAUACAAUACACUCCUGUGACUCUGGAUCCCAACACUGCAGCUGACUCUCUCAUCCUGUCUGAUGAUCUGACCAGUGUGAGACAUGGUGGUGAGAGACAACAGCUUCCUGAUAACCCAGAGAGAUUUGAUAAGUAUGCCAGUGUCCUGGGCUCUGAGGGCUUUAACUCAGGGACUCACUGCUGGGAUGUGGAGGUUGGAGAGAACACAGCGUGGAGUGUGGGUGUGAUGGCAGAGUCUCUCCAGAGGAAGGGAAGCUACAGCUCCAUGGGUGGACAGUGGUAUGUGGGGUAUACUGGUGCUGGAUAUGCAGCAUGUGCUUCUCCUCAUGCCCCCACUAUUCUCACAGUGCAGCAGAAACUCCAGAGGAUCAGAAUGCAGCUGGACUGGGACAGAGGAGAGCUGUCAUUCUCUGACCCUGAUAAUAACACACACCUGCACACUUUCACACACACUUUCACUGAGAGAGUGUUUCCGUACUUCAGUAUGAAUUCUACUGUACGGGUCUUAAGAGUGACAAUUACAGUGACAACAAGUCAAAAAUGACUUGUUCAUGCUGUCACAAAGGUCAGAGAUUAUCAUUGCUGAAUGUUUCAUAACGUUGAAUAAUUUACAUGGGAUCUGAAGAUGACAUGACCUGCAUACUCCCAAUAUUGCAAAUCAUUAACAGGCUGUUUUCUAAAAUUAUAAUUAAUUAGCUUUAAUUUUUCAAUCAUUGUCUGAAGCUGGAUUAAUGUGGGCAUCCUUCUGUUUACUUAAUCUGUUAAAUAACUGACAUCCCUAAAACCGUCAAGCCGCCCGGUACGCGUUUUAGCUGAGAAGAAUUAAUUAAAAGCUGUUUAAAUAGGCUUAAAUAUUAAGACAAUAAAUUGUUUCAUGAUAGAAAAUAUCAUCUCA